AUGCCUAAUCAAGUUGUGUUGCAUGAGGAUAAAAAGUACUACCCCAGCGCUCUUGAGGUUUAUGGUCCAGAGGUUGAGACAUUGGUGCAAGAAGAAGAUGCUCAACCGCUGACGCAACCGCUGAUUGAACCGAUUCGCCACAAGAAAUUCGCUUACACGGAAGCUAACAUCCCAGCGACUACCUACGAUCCAGAAUUUUUAGCGGACUUGAUGGACUGUCCAGAGUUGAUUCGUAAUGUUGUACUUUGCGGCCAUCUUCACCACGGAAAGACUUCGUUCAUGGAUUGCCUCAUUGAACAAACACAUCCAGAUAUCUGUGCACGGGACGAUAAAGAUCUAAGGUACACAGAUUUUCUGCUCAUGGAAGUGGAGCGUGGUCUUAGCAUCAAAUCGACACCAGUCACGUUGGUGCUGCAAAAUAUGCGCGAAAAGGCAUAUCUGUUCAAUGUCUUCGAUACUCCAGGACAUGUGAACUUUUCUGACGAAGUCACAGCUGCUUUCCGAGUUGCGGAUGGUAUAUGUCUCGUGGUCGAUGCCAGUGAAGGAGUACUGCUAAACACGGAACGCCUGUUGAAACACGCCUUACAAGAACGACUCCCGGUCACAUUGUGUAUCAACAAGAUUGAUCGCCUAAUCCUCGAGCUCAAAUUACCACCCACAGAUGCGUACUAUAAGAUCAAACACAUUGUCGAUGAGGUGAAUUCUAUCCUGCUAACCUUCUCAGAAACCACAGUUGUCAGUCCCCUCUUAGGGAAUGUUUGUUUCGCCAGUACCUACUAUCGCUUCUGUUUUACACUGGAAUCUUUCGCGAAAAUCUACACGGAUACAUUUUCACACACGGUCGAUCAUAUGUGUCUAACUGAGCUGUUGCUGUUGAUUUACUUAUCUCUGAUCCGUUCUGCCCCCUUGUUCUGCUCAGGUUUUGUCAAUAUGUGCAUCCAGCAUAUUCCCAGUCCGGUUGCGUCGGCCAAGAUCAAGGUACCUCACUUGUAUACGGGGCCUUUGGAUAGCGCAUUAGCAUUGGACAUGCUCGCGUGUUCCAUGGACUCAAAGCAGGUAAUGGUCCACACAACCAAAUUGUAUCCGGAUGAGGAAGCAGUGGCUUUUCACGUUUACGGUCGUGUGAUGUCGGGUACUCUGUUCGCUGGACAAACAGUCCGUGUCCUGGGUGAAAACUAUUCACUAACAGACGAAGAAGACUCACGUCACGCCACUGUGGGACGUCUAUGGGUCUCUGUAGCUCGGUAUAGAUUGGAGGUGAAUCGUGUACCUGCUGGGAAUUGGGUUCUCAUCGAGGGUGUGGAUCAUCCUAUCGUCAAAACUGCCACCCUGACUUCGACGGACGCUAAAGGUGCAUGUAUUUUCCGGCCAUUAAAUUUCAAUACCAACUCAGUUGUGAAGAUUGCCGUGGAGCCGGCUAACCCCUCUGAGUUGCCCAAAUUAUUGGACGGAUUGCGAAAGGUUAACAAAAGCUACCCGUUGCUGGCCACCAAAGUUGAAGAGUCCGGGGAACGUGUGAUACGAGGCACCGGGGAACUCUAUCUGGACUGUGUCAUGCACGAUUUACGCAAGCUGUACUCGGAUAUCGAGGUCAAAGUGGCCGACCCUGUGGUUGCAUUCUGCGAGACAGUGGUGGAGACGUCUUCUCUGAAGUGCUUUGCCGAAACGCCCAAUAAAAAGAAUAAACUCACGAUGAUCGCGGAACCGUUAGACAAAGGUUUGGCAGAGGAUAUCGAGAACAAAGUGGUUCAGAUUGACUGGCCAAAACGUCGACUGGGGGAAUUUUUCCAAAAGAAAUACGAAUGGGAUUUGCUGGCAUCUCGAUCCAUUUGGGCAUUCGGGCCUGAUGCGACCGGUCCAAAUAUCCUGGUAGAUGACACCUUACCAUCGGAAGUUGAUAAAGGACUUCUGGGUACCGUGAAAGAUUAUAUCGUUCAAGGUUUUCAAUGGGGCACGCGCGAGGGUCCGUUGUGUGACGAGCCCAUCCGAAAUGUGAAAUUCAAGUUACUGGACGCGUUGAUCUCGGGUGAAGCACAUCAGCGUGGUUCCGGUCAGAUUAUCCCGACUGCUCGACGUGUGGCUUAUUCGGCUUUUCUCAUGGCCACACCGCGACUAAUGGAACCCUACUAUUUUGUGGAAGUUCAAGCCCCGGCUGAUUGUGUGUCCUCAGUCUAUACAGUUUUGGCCAAUCGUCGAGGUCAUGUAACCCAUGAUGCACCUAUCUCUGGUUCUCCAAUGUAUGUGAUCCGAGCCUUUCUCCCGGUCAUGGACUCGUUCGGUUUCGAAACCGAUUUGCGCACACAUUCGCAAGGUCAGGCAUUCUGUAUGCUCGUAUUCCAUCAUUGGCAAUUGGUCCCCGGUGAUCCACUGGAUCGCUCGAUCCAAAUCCAACCGCUGAUUCCUCAACCGGCCACACAUUUGGCCCGCGAGUUCAUGAUUAAAACUCGAAGAAGAAAGGGUUUGAACGAGGAUGUCAGUAUCAACAAGUUCUUCGACGACCCGAUGUUGCUGGAAUUGGCCAAACAGGAUGUGAUGUUAAACUAUGCCAUUUAA